UGCGGACUAGCGGGCGAAGGGUUCUCACUUCCCGUUUGGUUUCGCCCACCUCGCCCGCGGGCAAGGGAAUCCUGGGACUCCCUGUCCCUUUCUCAAGGUGGUCCCGAUUCCCUUCACUGUUAGCCCGGCUUCGCUCACACUGUGCUCCAGCCGUGGGAGACGCGAUUCAUUCACACCCGGCAUCUGCUUCGAGCCCUUGUCUUUUGCUCAACAAUUAACUCUCUACUUCCGCAACCCUGUUCGCGCCUUGUUUUUGAGACAGGGUCUGGCCGCGUAGCCCGGGUUGGCCUGGUACUCUCGGUUCUUCUGCCUCGUCCUCCCGAAUGCUGGGAUUACCGCUAUUGUGCCGGCACGUUUUUAAAGAGCGCACUUGUUAAAUUGGUUCCCCCGGCCCCUCCCCCACCCCAAUGUGAUUGCUUGAAUGAAACACAAGGGCCGAGCUUAUCUUGUGAUUUCGAUGAUUGUAAAGUGCUGAUCAGUGGCCACUGAAUAGAAUUGAAACAGAAUAGGAAGAUGGCAGCAAAUCCUUCAGGACAAGGUUUUCAAAAUAAAAACAGAGUUGCGAUUUUGGCUGAACUGGACAAAGAAAAAAGAAAAUUACUUAUGCAGAACCAAUCUUCAGCAAGUCACCCUGGAGCUAGCAUCUCCCUCUCCAGACCCUCUCUUAAUAAGGACUUUCGGGAUCAUGCUGAGCAGCAGCACAUUGCAGCCCAGCAGAAGGCAGCUCUUCAGCAUGCUCACGCACAUUCAUCCGGAUACUUCAUAACUCAAGACUCAGCGUUCGGGAAUCUCAUUCUCCCUGUUUUACCUCGCCUUGACCCAGAAUGAAGACAGUGUCUGGAUAAAGGGACCUCGUACUAUCCAGUGGCAGAGCUCUCAUUCAGCUCUGUACAAACUGACUUUGGAAUUUUGGAGAACUUAGUUUUUGUUUCUUUAAAGAAAGGAAUAAGUGAGUGAGUGAGAAAGAAGGGAGCAGGGAUGCUGAGGACUUUGAAGCUCUAUGGCUGGCAGAGUUGGGUGUGCUGGCCGUGACUACGUUUUUUGUAUUACCAUUUAACUCUUCACUCUCAGACUCAGAAUCGCUUAGUUUCAUAAAAUCUGCAUCACGUUCAUCAAGUCGGACUGAAUGUCUCCUGCAUGAAGCCCUGGGGUUGAGCCCAGCACCACACAGACAAGCUCUGAUGCGCAGGCCUGUAAUCUCGGCUUAGAGAAACACAGGCAGGAGGAUAAGAACUUCAAAACCGUCCUUGCCUAGGUAGUGAUUUUGAGACCAGUCUGAGGAUAUAAGACUGUGCCUCAAAACACAUACACACACACACACACACACACACACACACACACACACACACACACAAAACCAAACCGAAAGAACCAUGUGUAGUCCUAAAGUUAGAGAAACGAGGAUGCUUUUUAAAAAUGUAAAUCAGCCGGGCGGUGGUGGCGCACGCCUUUAAUCCCAGCACUCGGGAGGCAGAGGCAGGCGGAUCUCUGUGAGUUAGAGGCCAGCCUGGGCUAUAGUGAGAUCCAGGACAGGCACAAAGCUACACAGAGAACCCUGUCUCAACCCCCCCACCCACCCCCAAAAAAACUACAAACAACAGGGUUACAUCACAAACAUCUGGUUUCUGUGCUCAGAAGCAAUCCAGAAAUAUGCGGAGUUGAUAACUAGUUCUCCUACUCGGAAUUUUAAAAGAAAAUUACAAAUAAGACUCAAUUACCAACCAAUCUUAAAUCGUUUUCAAAUAAAUGCUAUUAUAAAUGAUGUGACUAAAUACUGUUAUAAAAAACAACUAAGUAA